GUGUUGGUGACGGUGAUGGGGGGGCGCGGGGAAUGCUGGGAACAUGGCGGACGCUGCCCAGAGGGAGAAGACGGAGCGGUUUGUGCGGGUCACGGGGGCCACGGAGGAGCGGGCGGCGCUGCACCUGCGGGCGGCCGAGUGGGACGUGCAGCUAGCUCUGGCUAGUUUUUAUAAGGAUGAGCGUGACCAUCAGCCGAUUCAGCAAGAAGCGCCAGUGUUUAGUAAUGCUACUAAUUUCAAACCUGCAGUUAAUAGCGGUAAUCAUUCAAAAAUAGCGUCCAUGAAUGACCUCAAGAAGAAUGAACAAAGUAAAAGUGACGGUGAAGAGGGGCAAAGAUUUUAUGCAGGUGGCUCUGAGCACAGUGGCCAGCAGAUAGUAGGGCCCCCGAAGAAAAGAAAUCCAAAUGAAAUUGUGGAAGAGCUUUUUAAAGAAGCUGAAGAGCAUGGGGCAGUUCCUGUGGAUCAUUGGGCGGCAGAGUCCAGUCGUGCGAUGCCAUUUUCUGGUGGUGGGUACCGACUUGGAGCAUCAUUACAAGAACAUUCUACAUUCCUUUCAGAAGAUAAAAGGCGAGAUUCUGUGCAGGAUGUUCAAAUUUUACUGAAGCUCUGGAAAAAUGGCUUUAGUUUGGAUGAUGGAGAGCUUCGGACCUACAAUGACCCUGCAAACUCUCGGUUUUUAGAAUCCGUCGGCAGAGGAGAAAUUCCCCUUGAGCUGCAAAGACUGGUACAUGGAGGCCAAGUAAGUUUGGAUAUGGAGGAUCACAGACGUGAAGAAUAUUUAAGGCACAAAUUAAAGUUCAAGCCAUUUUCUGGAGAGGGACAGAAGCUGGGAAGUCCUACUCCAACCAUUGUCAGUACUCCAUCUUCUCCUGAAGAGGAAUUCAAGCAUUUUGUUAAUGUUAUGAGCAUCGAUGACUCUGUGCCAACAACCAACAUCCAGAUCCGACUGGCAGAUGGGAGCCGCGUGGUACAGAAAUUCAAUCAAAGUCACAGGAUUCAUGAUAUUCGUCAGUUUAUAGUUCAGCAUUAUCCUGUCUUUGCGGCCUCCUCCUUUCUGUUGAUGACAACUUUCCCAAAUAAAGAGCUGACAGAUGAAGACCAGACUCUGCAAGAAGCCAAGCUACUCAACGCAGUGAUUGUUCAGCGCCUGAAGUAGUUAUCUUCAACUUAACAGAGCCACACCGACAAAAUGAGCCUUGUGAUAUUUGUUUCUCGGUGUAUUGAGGCGCAGUUGUGUGCCAGGACUGUGGUAACACUGCCAAGGCACUCGCAUCAGAAUGCUCUAUUGAGCACUGAAAAGAAAGCCACUGUUGACCUUUAAUUGGUUGCUUUUUGACUCUCCUAUCGAAGGCCUGUGGGAACUGUUCCCACUGUAUGUUCAUUGUCAAUAGCUACUCAUUCAUAUUGUGAAUAGAUGUAAAGUUUACUAUAAUCUGAAUUGAAAUAAGCAGCCAUCGUUUGAUCUUAGCAAUUUGAUUCAAUUUAUCACUACUAUGGGCUAGAAUCACUGCAAUAAUGUUUACUUAUUUGCGACUUAUUAUUGGCGAGGUGGAAGGCACAAAGUUGUAAGGGGCCGACAACGAAGUCCAAUUUUGCGAUUUUUGCAACAGAUGGGAAGGGCUUAUUGCAUCUUCAGUUUGCAACGUCUGAAAACUCUCUACUUUGUGAUAUUCACAAAACAGCAAUUUGCAAUUUCCGAAAGCUACCACAGUACAAAUGAAAACUCUAGACAGAUAGCAUUUCAGGCGUCAGCACUUUCUUAAAAGCUCGGUGGUUUCGGAAAUCACAAUUAGCUGUUUUUCCAGUAAUACAAAUUAAACCCUAAUGUUUUCUUAUUUAUGCAUGAUAAUUAUUACCUAGAUCAAGAUUUCAUACUACUGACGUUUUAUGAGAGAAGUAAAAAUUAAUUUAUAUGUACCUUCACAAUCAUGGAAUAAAACAAUUCUCAAAGUGAAAUAACGGUGUGAUAAGUGUUUUGCGCUCAUAUUUAGCUGUAAAUUCCCCUGUCAGAAACACUACAUUGCUGUGUGUUAUUAAAAUGGCCAGCCAGUCACCAGCUACUAUCAGCUAGUUCACCUGUGAGGUUAGUUUGAGAUACAGAGGUAGUCAUUUCAUAGUGAAACUCACAUCAGCAUUGCUUCAAUACAGCAUUGGAGUGCUUGCUGCAGGUUUGCUUUCCACAAUAAGAUUUAAAGGAAAAAGUUAAAUAUUUAUCCCUUGCACCAUUUCUCAUCUCUCAUUUUUCUCCAAAUGGUGUGUUGACACAAUAUACCCCGGCCAACUCCCCAGAGUCUAUUCCUCCUCUUCAGCACAGUGGAUUAGGUCAUUAUACCAGAACUGUUCACCUUCCCUAAAAAGAAUGCAUCUGUACCCUCUGAGCUUGUGACAAUGUAUAAUCUCAAUUUAGAUUUGAGAAGUGAACAAAUUUAGAAAAAGGAAAUUACUGUUUGCUUCAUCAAGUCCAUAGCAUUACUCACCACCACCUUCCAUUGCCAUAUCCUUUCAUAUUGCUGCUUGCCAUCUGUCCACAUCUUAAAUUGCUGCAGAAAUGUGUAAUCGGCGAAAGGUACAGGAAGGGUGGGGGAUAUUACAGAACUAUUAUGUUUUCAUAUAGCUAUUUUAAACAAAAAAAAAGCUUUACAUUUCAUGCUGAUUCACAGCAUAACACCUCAGUUAACAUUUUUUGUAACCUGGAAAGAUCUUAACAGUAAAGCAGCACUAAAACAUUUAAAGCUUAUUGCAUGCAUUCAAAUUAAUUCACUCUUUUAUUCUUAUUCCAGUUCAAUAAAAAUAUAGAUCCAGGAAAAAUAUGAAGUAAAAUUUACAGGGAGGGAGCACAGAUAAAUCUUAAAAUUACUGUAUACUUAGUCACUGUCAAAAUUGUGAAUAUUGUCACUACUCUAAAUGGAAGUGUUUUGCAGUCUGCAUUGAUUAAAAAUGAAACUGCUUAAUCUC